AUUGCCCUCAAUUCAUCCCUCAUUUUUUUCUUUUGACCUCGUACGUGGGGGCUUAGCGCGCGCACUCGAGCAGGGCAUGCCUUCCUCCAUGCAUUUUAGAGCACCUUCAUAUGCUCGCGGUCGUCGUAUGAGUCGUGCAGGGCUCGAUUCUCUGCCAAAAUACGCCGCCGACGACAGAAAACCCCCAAUCCUCCGUCGCUCUCGCUCUGCAUCGUGGUCGAGUUAUUUCUCUCUAUCUAUACCUGGCAUACGACAUAGAUUCAGGCUGUGGCUGCCGACCCCCGCUGGCCUUCGCCAUUUAUUCAGUCCUCGUUUCGGCCGCAAACGAGGCUCCUUUCUUGUUUUUCUUGCCUACUUGGCCUUAAUUUUCACCAUCUUUGCCCUUGCCUCACGAUUUGGGUCUAGACAUAAAACCUGGCAUAGUAUUACGAGUGUUCAAACGCUUGUCUUCAGGAGAGAGGAUUUACAGAGAAUAUGGCAUUGGGAGAUAGCUAGUGGCCACCAUCCUAGCAGACGUAGAAUCCCAAAGCAAUUAGAGUUUCAUACAUCACCAGAAAACCCUUCUCUUCCCCCUCGCUCAGCUAAAAGUGAGCCACACGGUACCAUUGGUGUCGGUCCCAGCCGCGUUUACCUCGACAUCCAAAGUCACGGCGACCACCUUCCUUAUCCACCUCGACCUGUACCAGGAAGUGCAGCCGACUUCGAUACCAUCAUGCAACAUUGCGACUUUGGAGCUGGAAAGUAUGUCCGCGACUGCCUGGAAGUGCUCCGCGUAGGUGCAGGCCUCGACAGUGGCAAGCGGGUGCGCCGUGUUAUUCCUGAAGACUGGAAAUACGUCUUCGUCGAAGACCCUGAAUCCCUCAGUCACUUCACUCACACGUCUCCUCAACCUCCUACCCACCAACAGCCCCUACAGAACUCCUAUGAUGGCGUGUUACGAAGUGAAUAUGAAUCUUCAAUGGGCCCAUCCGAAGAUUUCGCUAGAAGCCGCAGAGCUGGUUGGGAACCCUCACCAAUCCAACUGCCUGUUGUGCAACAGCCAUUCCUCCGCCGUGACAGUGAAAAGAAGUCAGGCUCUAGAGUCUACUGUGACCCAGAACAUCCCAGAAUAUUCCACAUGUUCUGGACCGGAGACUUCACGGACAAACCUUAUCUUGCCCUUCUAUCCUUCCUGUUCACUCAGAACCUUGGAUUACAUCUCUCUCCGGAUGACACAGCUGGAUUGUCACAGAUAUGUGCACCCAAGUUAUGGAUGUGGAUCAAUCCCGGAUAUGUAUUCACGUUGAAAAACCCGAAUGCCCGUGAAGAUAUGUUCGAGUCUUUGCGAUCAAAUCAAUGGGCAGCACCCUUCCUUCACUCUCGAUUCCAAAACGUCAUCGAAUUCAAGUUCUGGAACACGACUGAGCAGUUGGAGAGUGUGGAGGAGCUCAAGCACGACUGGCGCAAGGCCAAGACAAUCUUUAAUUCGGGUGGACAUUUGAUUCCUGUACCUUCCCAAGCCAAAAAUUGGCCACCUGCGGAACUUUCGGGCGUCUCGGUGGAAAAUAUGGAAUCUGAUGCGGCUGCUCCAUCUGCAGAACCUCAAGGGACGAUGGAAACGGAUAAGAUCUCCGUUGUUCUUUCGGAUAUGGCACGGUUCAUUGUGUGUCAUAACUAUGGUGGGGUUUACCUCGAUGCAGAUACGCUCUUCCUUCGUGAUUGGGAAGAGCUAUGGGGUUGGCGUGGAGCUUUUGCGUACCGGUGGUCGUGGCAUGAAAAUUACAACACUGCGGUGCUCAGACUUAACAAGGGCAGUGCUUUGGGAACGUUUUUGUUGAGGACGGCGUUGAAGAACGAUUUUGAUUUCCAUCCGAUGACGAUCACGGACUAUCUUAGAGAUGCGAAGAUGGAGGAGUUGUUGUUCAGAUUACCUGAUGCCUUGUUUGAUUCAGCGUGGUUGAAUAUGGAGGGCUACCAACGAGAGAGACCGCCGAUGCCGAAUUUCUCGAGGUUCGAGGAGUUCUUUGAGACUCCGGCGGUGGACAGUGCCACUCCUCAGGUGGUCGGGUUUGAUGGUUUCUUCAAGGGCGCGUUCUCGUAUCAUUUCCACAAUUCCUGGUCACGAUUAUCGGAUUCAACGCGGAACUUCCCCGAUCUAGGUUCUCGACUUACCGAAAAUGCGAACGCGACGAAUACCGUGAAAGACAAGCAGGACCUGGAUUGGUCGGCGGUCAUGAAGCGAACGUUUGAGGCGUAUAUAAGAGGAGAGCGGGGUAAUAUGUAUGGGGAAUGGAUACGGUGGUAAAUCUGGAAGGAUACGCUUUGAUCCAUUUGGUAAAACGCAGAGGUGGGCGGCGAAAUGUGGUUGCCAGGUAUUUUUUGUUUCAUCUAUUGUCAGUUAUUCGAACUACGUCCUCUUUUCACGAUGUGUCAAUCCUUCGAUUACUUUCGUUCGUUUCAAACUUGCACUUUCCUUUCUUAGUACACAUCCUUUGAACCCCUUUCUCUUUCUGAUGGCUGACCCUACAGUCUACUGGACUCUUCUCCGUUUUGAGAUGUAAUUUGAUAUAUUAGUUACCUACUUACUUUUUUAACUUACUUGCUUGUAUUCAAACUCAAUUUAGUUCUUGAUAUCACGGA